AUGGAUGGUCAUUCGCCUUCGCCUCUGGCUAUUAUGCAGAACGACGGUGGUGCCAAACCAAGUGCGUUGACUGAUCACGACAGCUCUCAAAUUGCUCUGGAAGCAAAAAAAGAAGCUACUUCACCCAUGACCGAGCUAACUCCCCGUCCUCCUUCACUGACCUCCGCGGAAAACUCCUCCCAACGCCCUCCGACUUUGAGCCCUAGGCAAUCUCACACCGGCGAUAUCAGAACCUCUACUCGUCAUCCUGCAACCCAUACUCCACGCUCGCCUUGUUUCGUCCAUUCCUUGCUUGACCAGGGCGCAUCCCUAGCCGACUGGCUUUAUAGUGCUCAAGGUUCAAACCGGUCAUCAUCGAGCGAAACAAAGGCAAGAAGCAGCUCGUCAAGCGACAAAGCACAGACGUUCGUAGAUGAGAUGAUCAUCGGCGAACCAGAGGUUGCUCUCGCAAAGGGACUUGGGCUGCACAACGCUCACGGCUCGACCGCUCAUCCUGCUGCACCGCCGUCAGAUGAUUGGGAAAUUGAUAGUAGUAGCGAUGAUGAAGGGAAUAGCUUUACGAAACGAUUGGCCGAAACAGCCGUUGGAGUCCGCGAAUUGAGCAAGCAACUAGGUCGCGCUCGCGUUCGGACUAACAUCCAAAGCGUCCUGAUCGUUACGAAGGCGAGGGACAAUAGGCUGAUAAAGCUUACCAGUGAAUUAGCCAUCUAUUUGAUGAAAAAGCGUACUUGCAAUAACACUCGUGGAUUGAUCGUGUAUGUCGAUAAACAGCUAAAGCGUUCGAAGCGUUUCGACGCUGCUGGCAUGCGGGAUCAAUACCCCGAGUUUUUCGUUCCUCUACCUCGACGCCGUACAGCUAGUUCGACUUCGUUACCUUCGAUGACAAACGAAAGUCUAGUCUCAGGGCCCACUGCCGAGGAAGGUCAGCUUCGUUAUUGGACUAGUGAAAUGUGCAGCAAAAGUCCCCAUUGGUUUGAUUUUGUCGUCACGCUCGGGGGUGACGGAACCGUGCUUUUCACUUCAUGGUUAUUCCAGCGCAUCGUACCUCCCGUCCUACCCUUCGCUCUCGGUUCGCUCGGCUUCCUCACGAAUUUUGAUUUCGCCGACUAUGAAGGGGUUAUGGAUUCUGCAAUUGACAAUGGUAUUCGUGUUAACCUCCGAAUGCGAUUCACAUGUACUGUUUACCGAGCCGUCGCACCAAAGGCGGGAAAAGGGAGAAAAGCCAUUAAGAAAGCCGAGACGGGCGAGAUUCUCAUGAAGAAUAUAGAGGAAGGAGGGUGGGAAGCUUUGGAAGGUGGGGCAAUACACUCGACAGGUGGAAGUGGGACGAAGGAUAAAGAGAUCAUGUGUUUUACGACGAGGCCCGUCGAGAGCUUUGAAGUUCUAAAUGACCUUGUUGUUGAUAGAGGACCGAGCCCGUACGUUUCCCUCCUGGAAUUGUUUGGGGAUGAACAUCAUAUGACAACAGUACAGGCGGACGGGCUCACGGUGUCGACACCCACGGGGUCAACGGCAUAUUCGCUGUCUGCUGGAGGCUCGUUGGUUCAUCCAGAAAUUCCCGCGCUCCUGAUCACACCCAUAUGUCCACAUACAUUGUCUUUCCGUCCGAUGUUGCUACCAGAUACGAUGGAACUGCGGAUUUGCGUUCCAUAUAAUUCUCGCAGCACUGCAUGGGCGAGCUUUGACGGUCGUGGACGUGUUGAAUUGAAGCAGGGUGACCACAUCAAAGUGACAGCCUCAAAGUAUCCAUUCCCAACGGUGUGUGCCGAUAAGCAGAGUACGGAUUGGUUCCACGCAAUAUCACGGACCUUGAAAUGGAAUGAACGAGAGAGGCAGAAAAGUUUUGUUGUUGUUGAGGAAGGACCUACGCCGGCCCGGCGGCAGUCAACAGUCGAUUCCAGCACCGGUGGCACAGAUGAUGAAAGGUCAGAGUACAUCCCUGUUGACGAAGAGGAUGAAUUAGACGAGGACGGAGAAGAGGACGAGUUUGACAUUGAUGAUCUUAGCGGGGAAGCAUCGUCGAAGGAAGCCACCGAUGAGACAUCGCCAUCGCCGCACGAAACAAAGCCAGACCAAGGACAUUCCUCGGAUCCGUUCCGUGAAAGUCCAGGAAGUGGGCUCGCCUCUCCCGAUCGCUUCGCGGAUGCACACCCACAUCCUCCUUCCCUCCACCCACGACACCUCAUCUCUGAUGCAGCCUCCAAGAUCCAACACGCUCCAAGCCUUCAAGCACAUUCGAAUCCGGACCUUGGGAAUUCAGAGCCUGUGUUUCUGUCAUCGAGGUCACGUACCUACCAUCAUCCACCGCGCGAACUGUAUGAUAGUGACGGAGGACGUGACGGACACCGAGACCAUAUUCGUGCUCCCGAGUCCACAUUCCAUUCAAACAAGAGUCAGAUCCCCAGAGAUCGCGAUAUCGAAGCAGAGAGUAUGUUGACGUCGAACGGCACGCCUUCUUUGGGAGGAGUUGGAUCGAUGCUGUCGAAAUCGCACUCCCAUAGCACGGUAACUCAUUCCACUUUGACUCCACGACGCCCUCGACGUAGGCCUGCACGAUCUGCGUCGGCACGGAGGCCGAAUGAGACGACACGACCUAGGCGAGGAAGCCUCGACGGUUUUGUCGCCGCGAGACAUGCAUUUGCAGCCUGGGGGCUCGAUGAGACUGACAGUAAUGCAUCCGACAGUGAUCCCUAA